AGUUCUAGUUUAGAAAUCGAGAUGGCGUUUAUCUGAUAUUCCGAACAUGAGACAUGAUGACAGGAGAGGUUCUGUGACAACCUCAACAGCUAUCAAAUGUCAUUUCAUUUCUUUGAAAUGAAAACAUUUCAAAUUGUAGUCUAUUUUUAGUAUUUUCCCACGUUUUACAUUAACAUUUUGAGUACUUUCUUUGAAUUUUACAGUUAUUGCUUACGUUUGUCUUUUCUUCAAUUUAAAAUGGGUCGAAAAUCUCACUCAAAACAGACCACCAAAAAGAACUCUGGUAAAGAAAAUAACAGGACGAUUCAGAAAAGAAAGGAACUUUCAGUAUUAGUUGAUAAAGUUCUUCGACUAACUAGCAUAUUCCAAGCAGCUUGUAGCUUAACCAAGAGUUGGGAGCACCAUUUGGAAAUCUUUGAGAUCCUCAAGGAAAUCAGUAAUGUUGAGACUGCAUACUCCGGCAAAAGUAAGCCGAUUCCACGUAAGGCAAAUAUUGAGAAGUACUUACAGUGGUUAAAUGACAAUGAAGCACAAUUUGAAGGUGUGGAAAUUAGCGAGUUUGAUGGCUAUGAGCUUGGUUUGAAGGCCGUCAAAGAGUUUAAAGAAGACUCACUAAUUCUCACGGUGCCCACCAAAGUCAUGAUGACGGAAAAGAAUGCCCACGAAUCGGAGUUGUCAGAAUUUAUAAAAGUUGAUCCACUGCUUCAGAAUAUGCCAAAUAUUACACUUGCAUUGUUCCUGUUAUUAGAGAAAAAUAAUCCAGAUUCUCUUUGGAAACCAUACAUUGAUAUAUUACCAGAAAAAUAUUCAACUAUCCUAUACUUCAAUCUAAAAGAAUUGGCAGCGCUUAAGCCAUCACCUGUUUUCGAAUCAUCCCUGAAACUCUACAGAAGUAUUGCAAGACAGUAUGCCUAUUUCUAUAACAAGAUACAUACUCUUGAUUUGCCAGUACUAAAAAAGCUCCAAGAAAUUUUCACAUUUGAAAACUACAGAUGGGCAGUGUCAACCGUGAUGACGAGGCAGAACAACAUCCAGCUGGGAGACAAUGACGUCACCGCUUUCAUCCCGCUGUGGGAUAUGUGCAACCACGAGCAUGGAAAGAUCACAACAGAUUUCAACAAGGAUAAGAACAGAGGCGAGUGCUACGCGCUACGCGACUUUAAGCCUGGAGAACAAAUCUUCAUCUUCUACGGGGCUCGAUCCAACGCAGAUUUAUUUCUACACAAUGGAUUCGUGUACCCAAACAACCAGCACGACAGUCUCUCUCUAAGCCUGGGCAUCAGCGCCGGCGACCCGCUGCGCGAAAGCAAGCAGUCUCUUCUCACCAAGCUUGGUCUGGCAGGCAUCACGCACUACAACCUGUAUCUAGGAGACAACCCUGUGAGCGCAGAGCUACUGGCUUUUAUAAGGAUCUUCAAUAUGAACCAAGAGGAACUCACCAAAUGGUCGAGCCAAGGUCUGCCGGGUGACCUAGUAUCUUCUGACGCCGCAAGCGCCGAAACAGUGGGCGCGGCCAUAGACAAGCGCGCAUAUACGUACCUGCUGACUCGCUGUGGGCUGAUAAAAGCUUCGUACAAGCGAGACAGCGACGAAGUUGGACCUGAAUCUAUACACAGGAAAAAUAUACAACUAUUGAAAGAAUGUGAAGUACAAAUAUUAGACGGUGCCAUAAAAUAUUUGGAAAGUGCUAUACAAAAGCUUCCCACCGCAGAGUCACAAUAAAUGUGAUUUAGAUUUUUAAUUAUUUUAUGAACAAAGUAUGAAAUCAUGACAGUAUUUAUUUUUUUAUGAUGAUCUUAUGAUUUUAAAUAAUUGAAUUAUUUAUUUUAAUACAACGAAUGUCGUAUACAGAUUUAUCUAGUUGUUACCGAAUUUGCUUUUUUUGUAAGUUUGUUUUUGUUAGUAAGUUGUGUGCAAUUUUUAAUAUAA